UCACUUUACCUCCCCCUUCACUUUCCCUCGACUCGCUUCGCAAUCCCCCACGCGCUUCGCCUUUCCCCCACAAAUUCGAAACCUCCGAAUCCAUUUUCCGGCAAGCUUUCCGCGAAGCGAAAUCUCUGUCAAGAUGAACACCUCCGAUAUGGACAGGCAUGACUCAGAAAAGCAGAGCACUGCUGAUAUGACAGCUUUUGUGCAAAGUCUUCUUCAGCAGAUGCAAACAAGGUUCCAGACUAUGUCCGAGUCCAUCAUUACAAAGAUUGAUGAGAUGGGCAAUCGAAUUGAUGAACUUGAGCAGAGCAUCAAUGAUUUGAAAAAUGAGAUGGGGAUAGAGGGCUCUCCAUCUCCCGCCCCUUCCAAGCAGAAGCCAGGUGAAGAUUCAGCUUGAAACAGUUCAAUGAGCAUAUUGUCAAAGGAUGUGGUGGUUCUUGGCGAUUUUGUUUGGAACUGUAGGGAAAAAUGCGAAAUACAUUGUGAGACUGAGUGUGAUGUACCUCUGUUUCUGUCUUUAUUUCUUUCCUGUGGUUUUAUGUUGAGACUUUAAUGACAUGUCCUCAUGUCUUACGAUCACGUUUCGGAUGUAUUUAUUGAGAAGCAUAGAGAAGUCGAAAUCCUUUGAGAUCUUCAUUCUA